AAAAUUUCUUUUGUUACGAACGCAACUAGCGGACGAAAAUUAAUACAACUUUAACAAAUUAAAUUGCAUCUCUUGAUUUGCAAAGGGAAAUGAUGCUGGCGUCAUCAACACCCUCCCCAUUUCCAUCUCCAUCAGGGAGGAGGUACCUCGGCUUCCUCGUCGUGGCAUCAGCCCUACUGAUGACCAGCCUCCAGGAAAACAUCACCUGCUACAAAUGUGACUGGGGCAAGUGCGAGGGCUCGACCGAGACCUGCACCGCCAAGGCCGCCUGCUAUUACGCUGAGUCUGGCAUUGGGUACAAAAGCUGCCUCUGCCGCAGAGACCUCUGCAACUUCGCAAAGCCUCAAAACGACAUCGUUUUUAAUGAAGUUACACUUCCUAUAAAUUUUUUGAAUGCUUUUUCAAAAAAUUUGGCUCUCAACCAGCCAGCAGCAAGUAGUUCGCUUCAUGGUGCGUUCCAGUCAUUAGGCGCAAAAUUAUUGGUUGAUGGCGAUGCCAACCCUGAUUAUCUUCAAGGGCAUUGCAUGCACGGAGUUGAUGGUUCGGGGGGUCCUAACUGGGCAGUUGUCGACCUUGCUGACAAAUAUGGUGUAGAUUUUGUAGUUCUUUAUUCAAGAGAUUGUAUUCCUGACAGAUUGGAUUAUUUCAUGAUCGGCCUGACUUCGGUGGAUUACUUUGCACCGGGAUCGAACGUCGUCCGCGGAACCUACCCUCUCUGCGGCCAGUACAAGUACCAGGCGGUCGUCAGCAGCAAGCACACGUUGAAAUGCAAUGCCAAUCUCCUCCCGUAUCGUUUCGUUAUCGUCCAACAACCAAUCACUGGACCCGGAAGUCUGACCGUCUGUGAAUUGGAAGUCUACAAGGCAGACAAUUCAAAUUCAAAGAAAUGGAAUCGUUACGUGAACUACAAGUUGACCGGCUACACCUCCCAUGUGAUGGUCGUCAGCCACAAGUUGAAAUGUUUCUUCAACUGCAUGCCAGGCCUGUGCAAUUCAGUCAACUUCAAAGAAGAUGGAUCAGUUUGCGAGUUGAACCAACAUCUGUUCGGCUACAAUCAAAAUAAUCUGAUGGUCAGUGCCGACUGGAGUUUCUACGAGGUUCAUUACGCUUAG